CCAGGAAUCCGGCUUGCUCCAAACGUGCAGCAAUUUAACAAUUGACCAAGUAGACAAUAUACCUUUAUUUCACGACCAUCUCACUGAGAUGGCCCCAAUUCACUGUCUCCAACUCACUCCACUUAUGAGAUCACCGUGCCUGCUCAAAACAGUUCUCAACUCCACGAGAGAUUCAGGGACCUGGCAGCAACUUCCUGCGACAACCACACACCCCAAACCCUCGCCGUUCAACUCCCCCUAAUUCUCGCAAUCAUGCUUCGCUGGUACCAGGCCAGGCUCGCCUCACGGCCGCUGCUCACGCAGAGCAUCACGACGGCGGUGCUGUUCGCAACGGGCGACAUCACCGCCCAGCAAGUCUUCGAGAAGAAGGGCAUUGAGAAGCACGAGCUGGCACGAACGGGCCGCAUGUUCCUCUACGGCGGUGCCGUCUUCGGCCCCGCCGCCACGACCUGGUACAAAUUCCUUUCGCGCAAAGUCGUCCUGCAAAACAAAAACGCCGAGAUCGCGGCGCGCGUCGCCUGCGACCAGCUCAUCUUCGCGCCCACCUUCAUCAGCAUCUUCCUGAGCAGCAUGGCCGUCAUGGAGGGUGGGAGCCCCAAGGAGAAGCUGCAGAAGAGCUAUAUCCCUGCGCUGUCGACCAACUACCUUGUCUGGCCCUUUGCGCAGAUGGUCAACUUCAAGAUGGUGCCGCUCAAUGGCCAGGUCUUGUUUGUCAAUGUCAUUUCUAUUGGCUGGAACUGUUACUUGAGUGUUGUGAACAGCGGUGCUAGGAAGUAGAGAGAGAAUAAAAGAGAUAGAUACAUAGAUACAUAGAUUUGGGAUUAAAAUCCAGGGACCAGGUCGAUGGGCAUGGGGACGGCUAAUUGUCACGCACGAUUUUCUCGUAUGCUGUCUGGUUUUCCUUCUGUUACCAGCUCGGCUCAAGACAGUAUAGCAGGCGUUUAUUAUAAAAUGGUCAACACAGGGUCUCGAAUCACAUUGGAGCGCCUCAUAUCCGGCACAUGUGGAUAGUUUAGCAGUGCGCAGGGCUGGCUUUGAAGCAUUUGAGGAUGUCAUCAUUUCACUAUUCUAUACAGAUACCAUACCAACUAUAGACAAUCGAGAAAGAAG